AUGAGGAGACCUGAUCGUGAAAAAUGGAUCGAGGCAAUGAAGCAGGAGAUGGUAUCCCUGAAUGAGAACCAGACGUGGAUGAUCACCGAUUUACCAAAGGGUCGAAAAACCAUUCGAAACAAGUGGGUUUUCUCCAUCAAGCGAGGAUCUGAUGGAAAUGUGGACCGGUACAAGGCGAGACUAGUUGUUAAAGGAUGUUCGCAGAAACCGGGAAUCGACUAUGAAGAAGUGUAUGCUCCUGUAGUGCGAUAUUCAACUGUCCGAUACCUGAUGGCACUUGCUACGAAGUUUGAUAUGGAUGUGGACCAGAUGGAUGUGGUUACCGCAUUUUUGCAUGGAGAACUAGGUGAUGAGCAAAUUUUCAUGGAGCAACCCGAGGGGUUUGCAAUUCCAAAUGGAAAAGUAUGUAAACUGAAGAAAGCGUUAUACGGUUUGAAGCAAUCGAGCCGGGCUAAGCUGCUCGAAAACUCACAAGCAUGGCUAGGUGCAUCCACUUCAUCUAUUGCUGCAGAAAGUUACCAAUAUCAGCUGCAGUCGAUGUGGCAGAAGUGCUGGAACAGCCAGAACCUGAUCCACCAUCUGCGCUUUCGCGAGCGCGGCCCGCUAAAGUCCUGGCGCCCGGAAACGAUGGCCGAGGCCAUCUUCAGCGUGCUGAAGGAGGGUCUGUCGCUGUCGCAGGCCGCCCGCAAGUACGACAUCCCGUACCCGACGUUCGUGCUGUACGCGAACCGCGUCCACAACAUGCUCGGACCGUCGAUCGACGGUGGAACCGACCUGCGGCCGAAGGGACGCGGCAGGCCGCAGCGCAUCCUGCUCGGCAUCUGGCCCGACGAGCACAUCAAGGGCGUCAUCAAGAGUGUCGUCUUCCGCGAUGCCAAAGAAAUGAAGGAGGAGCCCAUGAUGUACGGAAGACACUCUCCUUUUCCCUUUCAAGACAACCCACUGAGCUACGCACCGACCGCCCCGAACGGCCAGCUGCCGUCCGCCGGCUCCGUCCCGGACGGCAUGUCCCCCGACGCCCUGACAGCCGCCACCGUCGCCGCGGUCCGCCAGCAGAUGUGCAACAUGGUGGCCGCCGCCCAGCACCAUCCGGAUGCGGCCAACCUCGUGGCGGCCGGUUUCAACCUUCCGGCGCACUGUGCCACCCCGUCUAGCCUGAGCAUUCACCCGGCGUCGGCCGCCAACGCCGCCGCCGCAGCCGCCGCAGCCGCUGCGGCCGCCGGUGGACCGAACGGUGGUAGUGGUGGUAGUGGUGGGGGCGGUGGAGUCUCCAGCGGAUCCAUUCCCGUGCCCAAGCUCGGCUCCCCGGCCGUCCCAUCGGCCGGUCACGUCGGCAACAAUGGCGGCUCGGGCGGUAUCCAAAUGCCGCGGCUCGGAUCACCGGCGGGUGCGAGCAGUUUGGCCAAAGAGCAUGACCUACAGCAUCACGGCGGUCACGGAUCGCUUUCCCGCGGAACACCGCCGGGAGUGCGCGAUCGGGCGGCCACGGCACGAGCCAGCGAAUCGGGACGCAGUUCGGCCGGCGGCCAUCCGCACGGGGCGUCUCCGUCCGGCAGUGCGCCUCCGUCGUUCAAUCACCACCCGUCGCACCUCUCCCAUCAUCACCAUCAGCACCAGCACCAGGCGUCGCACCACGGCCACGGACACCACCACCCACACCACAACCCGCUGUCCCACCUGGUGGGGUCGGGCGGCGGGCUCAGCAUAACGAAGCUGGGCUCACCGGGCUCGGCUCACGAUCUGCGUAUCAGCAACAGCCCCGACCCGGGCAGCCCGCUGGCGUCGCCCAUCGGCAUGGUCCUCGAGCCGGCCGUCAACCUCGCGCUCGGCGGCGGCAGCCAAACGCCGGACGACGUCCGGGGUCUCGUUCCGCCACCGUACGGCAGCAAACCGCCGUCCCGUGGACUCGUCACGUCUCCACCGCGGCCGGAGCAUCUCUUCCAGGAUCAGGACAUCGCGGCACUGGUGGCGACAAGCCGAGCCUGCCCGCCGUCUCGCAUCGCCGACUACAAGGACAGUCCGGUGAGGCCACCGCCCUCCAUCAAGGUGGAACCGCUCACCGAGUGCCGGGGCGACUAA